GGCCGUCGGUUUCUGCGUACCCGACCGCCCGGCCUGGCCCAGCCGGCCCGCCCGCGCGCCACACGCCUUUGGCGCAGGCAUGUCGGGCUCCGGGCAGCAGGAGCCGCCGCAGGCGGGCGGGCCGGCGGGCCCCGAGGGCGCGGACGCGGCGCUCGGCGAGGCGGGGCUGAGUUUCAGGAUCAGCGACCUGAGCCUUGUGGAGAUGACGGAGAUCGAGUACACGCAGCUGCAGCACAUCCUCUACUCGCACAUAGAGGCGGCGAAGGCCGCCGGCGAGCUGGAGACGCGCGUCAACUCUUGCUUCCUGGCGGCGGCGGCGCCGGGCGCAGCGGCGGGGGGCUUCGCUGCGGCCGUGGGCGCGGCGGCGGUCGCGCCACCCGUGUACUCGGUGCUGUCGCCUGCGCUGGCCGAUGGUGGCUUCGCGGACGCCAACCAGUGCCUGGGCCACAUCGACUUCCAGGAGCUGCGCAUGAUGCUGCUGAGCGAGGCGGGCGCGCCCCGCGCCGCCGAGAACACGCCGGGCGCCGGCGCAUUCCGGCCCAAGGCGCCCGACGGCGCCGGCAAGGAGAACGUGGAGGGCGCGAGCGAGGUGCGGGCCAAGUCGGCGGUGCGCGUCCGCCUGGAGGACGGCUUCAACAGCAUAGCAGCCGAGCCCCCGCCAGCCCCGCGCGGCACAGCAAGCAGAUAUCAAGUACACAGCCUGCAGCAUUACCUUUGCGGUGUGCGCUCUGCGUCUGCAUGUGGAAGAGAGAUGAGUUGAGAUAAGUGCACACAUGUUCCUGAGGAAGAAAGGUUUUGUCCCCAAAUCACCCACCUAAAUGUCAGG